AUGGCCGAGAGUUUUCAGAAGAAAGUGGCUGACUCACCUGAUACCAUCCUGAAGAAUGGGCUGAACAACAGAUACCGUGUGCUGGAGGUCAAUGUAAUACAGAGAAAUGGAAGUGACCCUGAGAAACACUUGACAAUUUCAGCCUCCCCCUCACUGGAAGAUACAGAGCUGUGCAUCCUUAGGAAUGGCUGGGAGUCUGUCCCAGUGGUUCCAGGGGACAUUGUUCAUUUGGAAGGGGAGUGCAGCUCUGGCACCUGGCUCAUCAAUGCCCAGAGUGGAUACCUGGUCCUGUACCCAGACCUGCUGCUCUCGGGCACCACCAUCUCCAGCAGCAUUCGCUGCAUGAGGAGGGCAGUGCUGAGUGAACGCUUCAGGGGCUCCGAGUCGGGUUCGCCCCAAAUGCUCGUUGGGACAAUUCUUCAUGACAUCUUCCAGCAAUCAGUCACCAAUAACUUGACACAAGAAAAGGUGCAAGAACUAGCAAAUAAAAUUGUGUAUGGACAAAAGUACCUCAAAGAAAUGUAUGUCUUAAAUCUGAAACAAGCACAAAUAAUGCAAGAAGUAGAAGAAUAUUUGCCAUCAUUUUUUAAGUGGGCAGAAGACUUCAUACACAAUCCUGCAAACCAAAACAAAAUGCAACUAAAACUGUCAAAUGAUGGAAAAACAGAAGAUGUAUCUUCUAAGAUAGAGGUUGUAGAUAUCUUGGACAUUGAAGAGAAUAUCUGGUCUCCCAGGUUUGGGUUGAAGGGAAAGAUUGAUGUUACAGCCAGGGUGAAAAUCCAUUGCCAGUCAGGAGUACAGUCUCGGAUAAUGCCUUUAGAGCUCAAGUCUGGCAAGGAAUCAAACUCCAUAGAGCACAGAAGUCAGGUUAUUCUCUACACUUUGCUGAAUUUAGAGCGGAGAGUGGAUCCUGAAGCUGGAUUUCUGCUUUAUCUAAAAACUGGUACAAUGUAUCCUGUUUCAGGAGCUCGCAUGGACCGAAGAGAAUUAAUGAAAUUAAGAAAUCAUGUUGCCUUCUACUUGACACACAGUACAUAUAAAUCCGAUGUGGGAAGGCAGAAUUCACAGCUUGCUGCUUUGCCUCCUGUGAUUGAUGACAGUCAAACAUGUAAAUAUUGCUCCCAAAUGCACAACUGCUUUCUAUACAGCAGAGCUGUGGAGCAGAAGAUGGCCAGUGUGGCCUUUCCUCCUGCUUUGGUGCCUGUCAUUGACAGAGAGACCCAGCACCUGAAACCCUCCCACUUGGAGUAUUUCAGCCUCUGGUAUCUGAUGUUAACCUUGGAGCUACAAAGUGGAGAGCAUAAAAAAGGAAAUAAAAAUAUAUGGAUGACACCUUCUUUGGAAAGAGAGAAGGCUGGAGAUUGUGUUGGAAACAUGGUCAGAAUUGAUGAAGUCCAUGAAGUUUCUGAGGGACAGUUUCUACAUUUUUUCCAGCGUAGAAAUGGUGCCUUAUCUGGGACAAACCUGUUGGUUGGUGAUCGAGUGGUUGUGAGUGGAGAGGAAAAAGGUUUACUUGGUUUGGCUGCUGGCUAUGUUAGAGAAGUCAGUGGAACAAAAGUCUCCUGUUUGUUGGGCAGGAAUUUGUCAAACCUCCCCAAGAACACUGUAUUUAGAUUGGAUCAUGAUGAAGGAGAUGUUGGUACAGGAGUCCCUUUUAAAAAUCUUUCUAAAUUGAUGAAAGAUUGCCCAGUCAGUGAAAGGCUCCGCAACUUGAUAAUUGACUUCCAGAAACCACGUUUCAUUCAGCAUUUGAGCUCUGUCCUUCCUCCUGAAGCAAAGGAAACUGUUGCAAAUAUUUUAAAGGGUCUAAAUAAGCCUCAGAAACAGGCAAUGAAACAAGUGCUGCUUUCAAAAGACUACACACUUAUUGUGGGUAUGCCUGGAACAGGAAAAACGACUACAAUAUGUGCUCUAGUGAGAAUUCUUUCUGCCUGUGGCUUUAGUGUCCUUUUGACCAGUUUUACACACACGGCUGUGGACAAUGUCCUGCUGAAGUUGGCCAAAUUCAAAGUUGGUUUCUUGCGCUUGGGGCAAGCUCAGAAGGUUCAUCCAGAUAUUCAGAAAUAUACAGAAGAAGAAAUCUGCAGGUCCAGAUCAAUUAAGUCUGUAACAGAUUUGGAAGAGGUCUAUAAUAGUCAGCCAGUGGUAGCAACGUCUUGCAUGGGAGUAAAUCACCCCAUCUUUGCUCAGAAGCAAUUUGACUUCUGUAUUGUUGAUGAAGCUUCCCAAAUCAGCCAGCUUGUCUGCCUGGGCCCACUGUUCUGCUCCAAAAGGUUUGUGCUGGUGGGGGAUCAUCAGCAGCUGCCUCCACUUGUGCUGAAUGCAGAAGCAAGAGAUCUUGGCAUGAGUGAAAGCUUAUUUAAAAGGCUGGAACAAAACCAAAAUGCUGUUGUCCAAUUAACUGUGCAAUACAGAAUGAAUAGUAAGAUUAUGUCAUUGAGUAACAUGCUGGUAUAUGAAGGCAAACUGGAAUGUGGCUCAGAGAAGGUGUCAAAUGCCACUGUUAACUUGCCCAACCUAAAGAAAUUGAAACUGGACCUUGGGGAUGCUUCAAAAACGUGGCUGAAAGAAGUCCUUGAUCCAGACACACCUGUGUGUUUUCUGAACACAGAAAAGGUCCCAGCACCAGAACAUGCAGAAAAAGGUGGCAUAAGCAAUGUGACAGAAGCUAAAAUAGUGCUUUUCCUCACAUCCUUAUUUAUUAAGGCUGGCUGUAAGCCCUCAGACAUUGGCAUUAUAUCACCCUACAGACAUCAGUUAAAAACAAUCACUGACUUGAUGGCAAAAUGGAAGGAGAACAGAGUGGAAGUUAACACAGUUGACAAAUACCAAGGAAGAGACAAAAGUAUCAUAAUUGUGUCUUUUGUUAGGAGCAGUAUUGAUGAAAAUCUUGGCACCCUGCUGAAGGACUGGCGCCGCCUGAACGUUGCCAUCACCAGAGCCAAGCACAAGCUGGUCAUGGUGGGCUGUGUUCCAUCCCUGUGCUGCUAUCCUCCCCUGGAGAAGCUCCUCUGCCAUUUGCAGUCCCAGGCAAUGAUCUUGAAUCUUCCAGCCGGGGCUCAUGAAAGUAUCCACAAGUGCAACAUCUUGUGA